AUGGGAAUAGAGUCAACGGGCUUGGUGCAUCCGAGGGACGAGAAGCUGGGGAAAAAUACAUCAGUGGAGCGAGAAGGAUGCACGCGGCGCCUCAGAGGGACAAGAAGCCGAAGCAAAAGACUGCUCGAGGAGAAAGCCCGAGUUGGGUUUGGAGAGCACUUUCUCCCUCAAUUCCCCCUCUCUAAAUAUCAUACCUUCUUGUCUUCUGACCACUUCAAAUCUGCAUUUCAAUCAUCAAACUCUUUUAGCGCCAUAAUCCAUUUGAGGGAAGAUUGUGAUAUUGCCAAGUUCAUUCCUUCAAGUUGGAUGCCGGAAACAUUGGAGUAUGUUAGCAAGGAACUCGCAUGGUUCAAGUCCCUAAAGAGAAGAUGCUUCAGCACAAAAGGUAAUGCUCAGGAAUUCAAUUCAGAUAGUGUUGGUAUGGGAGAUGAUGAGAAAAGGACAGGCAGAAAUACAAAGACUGAAACAGGUCAAGAGCACCAUAACAUCAAAGCAAUCAUCUUCAACUCUUUCAAAUCCCUUUCACAGGUUCCUUCAAAAAUGUCUUCCUCUUCUGUGUCCUCAGGAAGAUUACCUACUAAUCUAGAUCAAAUUCGACAAAGAAUGAUUGAUCUUGAUGUGGCUGAAGUCCCUGAGACACUGCAUUACAGGAUUUUUGUUGCGACAUGGAAUGUAGGUGGCAAAAGUCCACCAAGCAAUUUGAACCUUGAUGAUUGGCUCCACAGUUCACCUGCAGCAGAUGUAUAUGUCCUGGGGUUUCAGGAAAUUGUACCUCUAAAUGCUGGAAAUGUGUUAGGAGGAGAAGAUAAUGCUCCUGCAAAGAAAUGGAUUGCUCUCAUCCGAAGAGCACUCAACAGUCUUACAGGCAAUAAUAGCAGCAGUAGCAGCUGCCCUAGACAGAUGGAUGAUGAAGAUUUUGGAGGCAAGACAUGUAGGCAAAAGAAUCUACUCCAUCGUCAUUCAUUUCAUACCUUGAGCCAUAGCCUAAGGUACGAGGGGGAUGCCUUGGUUUCACUGCCAAGGCUUGACUGUCGGCAUAGUGUCUGCGACAACAGGGUGAGUGAUUGCAACGCUAAUUGUAGAUCCUCUAAUGAUGAGAAUGUGACUGGAGAUCAUUCGCAUAAGCCAAGAACAUGCUGCUCAACAAUGUCCUAUGGCUAUGGAGCUUCUUCAUCCACAGGUGACAUAGAUAGACCAGGGCACUCAAGAUACAUCUUAGUGGCAAGCAAGCAAAUGGUGGGCAUAUUUCUCACCCUUUGGGUGAGAGGGGACAUAAGACACAUUAUCAGGAACUUGAAGGUCUCUUGUGUUGGUAGAGGAUUAAUGGGUUACCUUGGGAACAAGGGUUCUAUAUCCAUGAGCAUGUCAUUGCACCAAACAAGUUUCUGCUUCAUCUGCAGCCACCUGGCGUCUGGGGAAAAGGAGGGAGAUAAGUUGAGGCGGAACCUUGAUGUGAUGGAGACCUUGAGGAAGACCAAGUUUUCCCGAGUUCGUGGGUUUGGGGAUCAGACUACACCGGAGAGGAUUCUGGAGCAUGAUCGAAUAAUUUGGCUAGGAGACUUGAAUUACCGCAUUGCACUCUCAUAUCUUGCUGCCGAGGGUCUUGUUGAGAGGAGGAACUGGAAGGCAUUGCUGGAGAAGGAUCAGCUUCAGAUUGAGCAACAAUCUGGUUGUGUCUUCCAAGGGUGGAAUGAAGGAAGAAUCCAUUUCCCUCCCACCUACAAAUACUGCAAUAACUCAGAUCAGUACAUCGGCAACAACUCAAACCUUAAAGAGAAGCGUCGAACACCUGCAUGGUGUGACAGGAUCUUGUGGUAUGGAAGAGGCCUCAAACAACACUUGUAUAUGUGCGGCAAGUUCCAAUUCUCUGAUCAUAGAUCAGUUUUUAGCCUUUUUACAGCAGAAGUUGAGUCAAUGAGUCACAGAAGAUUACAGACCAAGAGCGGCUCUAGCUCCCAAGUGGUCACAAAGAGCUUGGCUUCCUUUAAAAAUUGUGAUCAUUCAUAAGUUUGAAUUCAUUGACAGGAGAUGACCCAAACCACAAGGAGAAGCAUCGAACACCCACAUGGUUUUACAUACAACUUCAAAAUUAGGGUCAUUUCACCAAACAUGUGGAACUCAGUUCUUUUUUCCCAUCCAUAUGCCAUAGAAGGCAUUCCAGACUAUUCGGGUAGGGCAGCUGUCCAAUAGAGAGAUUUGGGCAAUUAGGAAAGGUUGGGCAGUUAAUCUGGGCAGUUCAGGUGACCAGGCAAGCUGCCUGGGUGAGCCAUUCAAGUGCUCCAAGCUGCUGGGCAGUCAAGAGGGCAGGUGGUUUGGACAGUCAUGCAAACGGCCCAGGCAAGCCACCAAAGAAGCUAUCCUUACACUAACAAAGCAAGUUAUUACGUAUUUAUUUCCGUCCUAGAGUUUUCUAAAACAAUUGAGAUCAAAAUUUUCUGUUAAU